GCUCUACGCAGCACGAAGACGGCACCAUGGAAGCAACAAAGCUGCUACUAUUUCUCGCCUUUCAUGUGGGAGCCGCAGACUCUUCCGGCGACGAGAUUUCAAACCAGGAGACCCAGCACUUCUUCGAUAGAGCACUCCACGCAGCAGUCGUAGGAUAUGAUUUGGAUCCACUGGAAUUUCCUGGUGUUGAAUUUGAAGUUAGCGUGACGGCUGCAAGAGUAAAGCUGUACAAUAUUACCGUACACGGUCUGGGCACUGUCUGCCGUGCGGGAGAAAACUUUAUCUCUGCCGACAACAAUGGUACAUGCCUGAAGAUCGAUGUGGCAAUGCGAAACGUCACUGUCAGUGUUCGAGCGAAUGUUACUGUAAGCCUAAUAUUUACUACAUCUACGAUAAUGAUGGAAACAAAUGUGUUCGUCAACUUCACGGAGAUUACACUGGACAUCAAAGAGAAGGAUGUGAAACUAAAGGUGGAAGAGCUGGAAAUAUCAGGAACCAAGGAUGUAGAUAUAAAGUCAUCCAAUAUCGGUGAACCUACAUUCACGUUUGCGGCUGCUAAAAUAGCGUUCGAAGCCUACGUGAAAACGUUUUUUAAUACAGGCCUGAAAGAGAGGUUGCGCGAUGUCAUUACAGCAAAACUUGAUGGGCUAUACACGUUUGUGAUGUCGGAUUAA